CAGAUCUAGAGUAAUCAAAAUGUCUGAGGAAAAUGCUGCUACUAAUCCAGAGAAAUCAGCCGUGGAUGAGAAGGUUGAUAAGUUGGAACCUACAAUGCAAACUAUGGCUACUACUCUUCAGACUAUCAGUCUCACUUUGUCCACUUUGACUACUAGUUCGAUUCCUUCAUCUGCAUCCUUAGUGCCCACAACACUAGCUCCACUUGUCCCUAUUCCAUCAUCUACCAUCACAUCAAGUAAUCAUGCUAAGGAUCCCAUGGUCACACAAUUGCAAUUUCCACAUAUUUAUGAGAAUCAACCUCUAAUGGGGGAGUCAUCUUUGCAUGCUCCACAAAUAUCAUCUCUGCCUUUUGAAGCCUCAUACCCACCACUCGAGAUGAACAAGCCUACCAUGCCCACAACCACACUUCUUACCCUUAACAUACCACCUUCGAUAGGACAAGUACCAACUAUUCAACCUACUCCUUCAGUUGAGAUAUUGAGGCCUGCUUUAAAGGAUGGGAAGUCAAGAAAGGUUGAUCACAAGCUGCAACAGUUAGAAGAGGCUUUGAAGGCUAUGCAAGGACCGCAAGCUUAUGGUUCCAUUGAUUUGGAUGAUCUUUGCUACUAUCCAGGAAUUCAGACAAAUUUCAAGUUCAAACAGCCAAAUUUUGACAAGUAUGAUGGCUCGGGUUGUCCCGAUUCUCCUCUCCUUCUUCUUCUACCCUACACCGAACAAGGCCAGCCACCGACUACACACCCUCCCUUGAAAAGUCGAAAAUCUCGGAUCUGCUCUGCUCCUUCCUUCCUUUCGUCGGCUGCUCUUGCUUGUGGGUGUGAUUUUUUCGGUUCUAAUUCCCCCUGAAUUUCUCCUUCAUUCCCGUCGGCCUUUCCCCAAACUACAGCUCUAGUUUUUGCUGCUAAAUUCUGCUUUAGGACAAAAUUUAAGCAUUAAUUCAAGUGAAAUUUAUGUGAUUGAGUGUUAAUUGACUGUUGUGAGAUUUUGGAGAAAAAUCCCGUGAGAUUAGCUAUGGUUUGGCCAAUUUUUGGAAGUUGCAGUUAUUGUUCACUACGUAGUUACUGUUCAUGGGUACUAUUCAUGGGUACUGUUCACGCACUAAUGGCCAACAAUAGGAGAAUUUAAAUGUUUAGUUAUACUGAGAAUGAAAUUGAUAUGUUUGG